CUUCCGCCGAGCGGCCUUUGGCGUCGGCGCAGCGCAAAGCAGUUGUCUGGCGAGGCUGUUGAGCGAUCGCGCCAGAGAGGUUCGUGUUGUCAUCGCCUCAGCAGCUGACAGCUCGGCCGUCCAGGCAGUAGAUGGUAGAGCGGACGACAGUGCGCGCGUUUCCCACGACUGCCAAGAGAGCUGGCGGACCACCUAGGCGCCACCAAGAUGUUGUGGAGGAGGGAACUUGAAGGAAACCCAAGAGCAGAAGACACCACCGGCCACCACGUGACCGGCUUAUCUCGGUGCACGGCUAUUCUAGUUUGCUCGUUUCUUCUGGCUUCGCAGCUUCCGUACGCCAGUGCUCUCACAUCUACUGAGGGUUCGAGUAAUACACAGACAGUUGGAGGUGCCAACAGCAGCAAUGGGACACCUUCAUCUGAAGUUGAACCCAAUGCUAACACUGGAGUAGAUUCUGGUAGUGAAGGUGAGUUCACAAUUCGCCGACUGGACCCCCGUGUGAGGCCACUGUUUUACCGCCUUACCGUGAGGCCCUUCCUCGAUGAGGGCAGCAACUUCACGUUCUACGGCCAUGUCGCCAUCACACUAACCAUUCUGCCAGGCACUGAGGUCGACUCCAUUGUCUUCCACGUGAAGCAGCUCAAUAUUUCUGCUGAUCAAGUUACUGUAACAGCCGACGAGGACAGGCAGACUACAGAGGCUGGCAACAGUGGCAGGUCCGAAGCACUGGCAGUGGUAGACCAGUUGGCGGACCCUGUACAGGAAACAUACACCGUGCGUGUGUCUCCAGCCCUGCAGCCGGGGGCCCGCUAUGUACUGUCGGUGCCAUUCCGAGGACAGUUGCAGGAGGCGACACUAACAGGCUUUUACCGCACUUCCUACACAGAGGAUGGACGCACCAAAUGGAUAGCACUGACACAUUUUGAGGCGACAGAAGCACGAAGUGCUUUUCCCUGCUUUGACGAACCUGCGAUGAAAGCCAUGUUCCAGAUCAACAUCAUCCAUUCCAGCAACUACACUGCCAUCUCCAACAUGCCCAUAGUUCGUACUGAACAGUUAGAGAAUGAAGCAGGAUGGAUUGUGGAUCAUUUUGACACAUCACUGCCUAUGAGCACAUACCUGGUGGCUUUUACCCUUUCGGAGAUGGUGUUUGAAAUGGCAAAACCACCACCUGUUCCAGAGACCAACAAUGAGAAAACUCCUCUAGGUGUCAGUAGGCAGCCUGUCCAAUCUUCCAGCUGCAAUGAUACAGUGGUCCCAAAGGGAAGAAGAGGGGUUUCUGCAUUAGGUCAUGAACCACACAAACCAGACAUCAGGGGCCAAAAAAGGCAUUUGAAAACUGUUCAACAGAGCAGGGAUACACAUUUGAAUGCAAGUUUUGCAACUCCUCAACAGCAGCCAGGUACAUCUACCUCUAUGAAUGUGACUGGAAGUGCACAUCCAGUAAAAAUACGAAUUCUAGUGCAACCAGUUUUCAGAGACCGAGCGAAAUAUGUGCUCACUAUAGCUCCAGUAGUAUUAAAAUUCUAUGAAGACUACUUUCAAACACCAUAUCCUCUGCCAAAGCUGGACUUCACUGCUGUUCCUGACUUCUCAUAUGGUGGCAUGGAAAAUUGGGGUGCUGUUAACUACUGGGAUGACCGGAUACUUGUUGGGCCGGAAACAACAAGUGAUAACUUGCAGAGAGCGGCCAUACACAUUGUUCACGAGUUCAGUCACCAGUGGUUUGGCAACCUAGUCACACCGAUUUGGUUUUCAGAGACAUGGCUCAAGGAAGGCUUAGCCACAUUCCUUGAGUACCGAGCAACCAGUUUUGUGGAACCCACAUGGGAAAUGCCAGACAAGUUUCUGAAUGAAAUGCAUCGGGUGAUGCUACAAGACAGCACACGGUUCACCCGCCCACCUUUCACUGCUGUUGAAACUGUAACACAGCUGAUCCAGACGUUUGAUUCCAUAUCAUACAGUAAAGGUGCAUGUCUUUAUAGAAUGCUCAAUCUCAGCCUAACUGAAGCAGUGUUCAGGAAUGGUCUGUCAAUAUUUAUCAAGAGAUGGAAAUACUCAAAUGCACAGCACAAUGACUUGUGGUGGUCCUUGGAAGAAGCCAUCAAGCAGAGGCCUGUGCACCAACGCAUUAUUCCAGCAAACACAUCUCUGAAGGAGGUGAUGAAUUCUUGGAUCCUGCAGCCUGGAUUCCCUGUUGUUACUGUCACAAGAAAUUACGUGACUGGAUCUGUCACUUUCAAACAGGCACGGUUCACUAUAGAUGGACAUCCAUUGGCAAACAGCUCAUCACAGGUGUGGUUUGUACCUGUGAGCUACCUGACGCAGGAGGAGGCAACCGCAGGUGCUGCAUCAACUCUCCCUCGUGUGUGGCUCGUCACGAGUGAGAGUCAGCGUUCUGUCACUGUUGAGAGGAUCCUCCCUUCCGGGAGUGUGGGAGCUUCUCAGUGGCUACUGGUAAACUUCCAGCAAGCAGGGUACUACAAGGUGAACUAUGAUGUGGACAACUGGAAGCUGCUGGUGCAGCAGCUGGCAACAAAUCCCCUGAUGCUACCAGCCGCAACUCGUGCACAGCUCAUCUCUGACGCUUUUUCACUUGCCAGAGCCGGCGCCUUACCCUACGGCAUCACACUCAACCUGACACGAUACCUGCGCGACAGUCGUGUCGAGCUCAAUCCUGUUCCUUGGCAGGCUUUUCUGGAAGGCACGCAGUUUCUUGAGGAUGGGCUCUAUGUUACAAGAACCUAUUCAUCCUUAAAGAGGUACGUGCAGAGUGUGCUGGAGCCACUGACGCAGCAACUGAACACUCGUCCGCGGCCCGGGGACUCCCUCCCGACGAAGCAGCUGCGUGCGCUCGCACUCUCGCGGCUCGUCCGGCUACAGACUCACAGCGACUGGGCACGGGAGUAUUUUGCUCAGUGGAUGGCAGCACCUAACAAUUACUUGAUUCCGCCAGAUUUGCGUUCAGCAGUGUUCUGCGCAGCUGUUAUGGAGGGCAGUGAAACGGAGUUCAGUUUUUUGAUGGAACAGUUGAACAACACUGAAACUCUAUCCUUACGCAAUGAACUGCUUUCUGGCCUGAUGUGCAGCCAGGAACCAGCCCGAAUCCUCAUGUUGUUAACUGCACCUCUAGAAGGAAAGAUUCUGGAUAUUCAAGAUACACCAACAGUAUGGCAGGCAGUUCCAAGAAACCCCGCUGCACGCACAGUAGCGUUUGAGUACAUAAGGGACCAGUGGACUAAUCUGACCAGCAGGUUUCCUGAUACAGACUACCCUGUUAACGAUAUGCUGGAUGGAGCAACUGCUGGAUUGAGUACAGCAGAGCAACUAGAUCAGCUUAAAGCUUUCAUAGAUUCACAUCAAGGCCAGUUCAACUUCACAACAACAACAAUAGAGCGUGCUGUUGAAUCUCUGCAAGAGAAAGUGACCUGGAGGCAACGUUUUCAGGCUGACAUUGCCGAGUGGCUCAAUUCACCUGCUUCUGGUCUUUCAAGGGAACUAUAACAUUCUGGAUCAACACAAAACAACUACUUCCCCAAUGGUGCAGUGUAUGCUGUUGAUAAUAUGUGUACAUAAACAGUGUUAUAGCUCAUCAUGAGUGUGAAGUGUCUGUGUAAGCAGAAGUCUCAAGUGAUAUACUUUUAUGGUAUUGUGUGUGGUAUCAGCAUUAUGUGUUUAUGACUUUACUUUCAAGUAUUGUGUAACAAGCUCCUUUUUCUAAAAAAAGAAAACUUCCUGGUGUUGAAGCUUCAAGAUACUGUUCACUAUUAGCAACAUUCUGGAAACCUUCAGCCAUACCAUGUGAGGACAAUAUCCAAACACCAUUGAGUCUUGUACACCUGGGAACAUUCCAGUAAUGUCCACUCUAAUAAAGAGGUUACUUCCAGUAAAAUUCAGCUUGAUUUCUGAACAAAUAGUAUCGCACUUUUCAAGUUGAGUAGCCACCAUUAUGUUAACUUCUACUUAAUUUAAAGUACAAGAAGAAAUGCAUUACAGUGUUAUUAAUAAUUGUGUGUGAAGUACAGAUUAUCAAAAAUCCUCUUAUAUUCAAACACCACUUUACUUUUGGUUCUAACACACUGUUAACUGAUUAACUAUUGUUUGAAAGUGAGCAGAUAAUUAUGUUAAGUACUUUUUAUGAUCUUUAAUUUGCUGAAACUUUGACAAAACUAUCAUAAAUAUCCUCAAAGCUAUUUUGAUGUUUGGAUAAGUACUUGUAACCCAUACUUCAUUUAAAAAAAUUCAAAAUAUCCAAAUGGGAAACCACCUCAGUGUUCUUCGUCAGCUCUUUCUACAUCUACAUCUAUACUCUGCAAACCACUGUGAACUGCAUGGCAGAGGGUAUGUUCCAUUGUACCAGUUAUUGGGUUUCUUCCUGUUCCAUUCACAUGUGAAGCACAGGAAGAACGAUUGUUCGAAUGCCUCUGUUAAUGCUGUAAUUAUUCUAAUCUUAUCUUCAUGAUCUCUAUGUGAGCGAUAUAUAGGUGUUGUAGUAUUAUCGUAGAGUCAUCAUUUAAGUUGGUUCUUGAAACUGUGUUUAUACACUUCCUCAGGAUAAUUUAUGUCUAUCUUAAAGAGCCUGCCAGUUCAGUUUCUUCAGUAUGUCCGUGACACUCUCGCUUGGAUCAAACAAACCUGUGACCAUUCACACUGCCCUUCUCUGUAUACAUUCAAUAUCCCCUGUUAGUCCUAUAUGGUAUGGUUCCCAUACCCUUGAGCAAUAUUCUAGAACCAGUCACACAAGUAAUUUGUAAGCAAUAUCCUUAGUAAACUGAUUGCACUUCUCUACUUUAACCUUGACUGAGCCCAUGUGAUUGUUCCAUUCAUAUCCCCAUAAAGUGUUACACACAGGUAUUUGUAUGAGUUGGCCAGUACCAACAGUGACUUAUUGAUAUUAUAGUCAUGGGAUAUGGAAUUUCGAAGCAACUGUUUCAUUAACUAGUUCUGCUUUGUCAAUAUUUUUAUUAUAUUUGGUAGCAAAAGCUGCUGCUUUUUCUUCAAAAUAAGAUACAGAGCUCUCAUUUAACACUUUCCUGGUAUGAAAUGCUGUGUUAUAUGACAGAUCUGUUUCCCUUUCAAUUAUCCUUCUAACUAAUACAUUAAAGCAGUCUAGCUUAACCAGCUUCAUUCCAGUCCUCAGUUGGCAUAAAUUGGCAAAAAUAGGAAGCCUACGAUUCAACAGCAUAUUAUUUGCUCCAUAACUGACUUGCCAACCUUUAAGGUCCUACAAUACUGUAGUGAAGUAGCAGCAAAAACUCCAUUGUUGAACAUACGCCAGCCAUGUACGCAACAGUUGUAUAACCAAGUGCACUUUUGACACAUAAUCCAAGUGAUGCAUAUACAGUAGUAGUUGUUAUUUCUUUAUGAUGUUACUUGGACGAAAUGACACUGCGACAACAGUGUGUAUUUCCAUUCUUGUGCUGAGGAAAACGUUUCUUCUUGCAGGCAGAAGAUAGGAAGAUGUGUGCCUUCUCCCUAGGUGAGGGCCAAUCUUGCCAUGGCCUCAGUACAGCACCGCUACACAUACACAUGCCCCCCCCCCCCUCUUCCUAAUUCAUAAAUAUGUAUCUUCCUAUCUUCCAUAUUCUUUUGCCAGGUGAUCUAAUUUUUUUUUUAAUGCAAUUUUGAGUAUACAGUUUAGAUCGUCCGCAGCUCGUGGUCUUGCUGUAGUGUUCUCGCUUCCCGCACACAGGGUCCCAGGUUCGAUUCCCAGCGGGGUCAGGGAUUUUCUCUGCCUUGAGAUGACUGAGUUUUGUGUGUGUCUCAUCAUCAUUACAUCAUCGUUGACUCUCAAGUCGCCGCGGUGGCGUCAGCUGGAAAGGACUUGCACUUUCGGCGGCCAAACUCCCCACAUGAGAUCUCCCGGCCAACAGUGCCGUACAAUCAUUUCAUUUCAUUUCAGUUUAGAUUUAAACCCCCCACCCCCCUCUGUAUCUGACAAGCAACCAUUAAACCUAAUAAUGGAUAAUCCAGGAUGGAAUGUAACAAUACCAUGAAAAGGAAAGUCGCUACUCAUCAUGUAGCAGAAAUGCUGAGUCACAGAUAGGGAAAACAAAAAGACUGUCACAAAUAAAGCUUUUGGCCAGUAAGGCCCGUGUCAAAAAUAGACGACAGACACACACAUACACACUCACGCAAACACACUCAAACACACAGGACUGCAGUCUCAGACAACUGAGAUCACACUGCAAACAGCAACACCAGUGCAUGAUGGGAGUGGCGAUUGGGUGGUGGUAAGAAGGAGGCUGGGGCAUGUAGGGGGAGGGAUA